AUGCUGACACUCACCAAACUUUCGACGCUUCUGCAGAUCGCCCUCGGGUGCGCCUCUCUCCUCGAUGUUGCGUCGGCUGCACCUAGCAUGAUGAGCAGGAAGCAGGGCGGUCCUGUGACUUCUGCUGAGCUGGGCGCCGGCGCCGACCCUAGUAAGGCGGGCAAGAAUAUCUCGUCGAGCUACCAACCAGCUUCUUCGCUGGCUGUCAAGGACCCCUCGUAUCAGGUGAUCUCUGACUUUGACUUUCAGUCGAUCGCUCUGGCUCUGCACCAGGAGUACAUUGAGCUCGACCUCUUCAACUACGGCCUGGUCAAGUUUUCGGACGCCGACUACGAUGCUCACGGCCUCGAUGCCGAGGAUCGCCAUCUGAUCCGACACAUGGCUCAGCAGGAGAUCGGACAUGCCGUGGCGCUGUCCAACAUGCUGGGAGCCAAGGCGCCCAAGCAGUGCACCUAUCGCUACGACUUCCAGACGGUGCCCGAGUUCGUCGACUUUUGCCAGAGGCUCACCAAGUGGGGCGAGUCGGGCGUGUACGGAUUCCUGAAUCUGCUCGACAAUCGGGCUAGCGCUCAGAUUCUCCUUCAGUCGAUCACGACCGAGGCGAGACAGCAGUACACGUUUCGCCAGUUUGAGGGACUCUUCCCUAUGCCCGAGUGGUUCGAGACGGGCCUGCCGCAGUCGUGGGCUUGGACGCUGCUGAGCCCGUGGAUCGUUUCGUGUCCCGAGGAGAAUCAGCCGCUGGCCUGGGACAUCUACCCUGCGCUCAAGUGGUUGAACGAGCCGGAUGCGAUCGCUGCCGGCAAGGCGGCCGGCGGACCGUCGAUCAGUAACAACGUGACGGCGCUGACGCACGCAGGCCAAGAGAAUCUGUUUUCUUGGGACGAGCCUGGCAAGAUCCAGGGACCGUACAGGCAGAAGACCAGGACGUACACGUCGGGCACGCCCAAGUUCGCCGCCUACGUCUCGCAGUUCAACGUGUCCUACACGGAACUGUACGACGUGGACAUGAAUGCACGCACGGCAAAGGCCAGGCAGCCUGGUGGUACUGUCUACCCCCAGGGACCGAGUCUGGUCAACAGCACCGUCUUUGUUGCGCUGACGGACACCGACACGUUCUACACUCCCGCCAAUCUGUCUUUGAUCAACAAGCAUGUGGUCGCUGGUCCCGCCAUCUACCAGGCUGGUUGA